UGAGCUGGAAUAAUGCCUUCAUGGUGGAGUAGGACCUCCUGGUUGGCAGUGUUGUUUGGUGCUGCGCUGGUUGUUCUUACUGCCGCUAGUGCUGGACCGAACCAGGACCGGAGGCAGGACGGGCCGUCUUCAUGCUAUGGAAGCUUUGAUCUCUACUUUGUUUUGGACAAAUCUGGGAGUGUGCAGCAUCACUGGACAGAAAUCUACAACUUUGUUGAACAUCUAGCUCAAAAAUUCAUAAGUCCAGAGUUGCGGAUGUCCUUCAUUGUGUUCUCCACUGAGGGACGGAUCCUGAUGCGCCUGACAGAAGACAGGGAUCUCAUUCGUAGAGGUCUGGAGGAGCUGUACAACGUUCGUCCAGGAGGAGACACCUUCAUGCACGAAGGCAUCCUGAGGGCCAGUGAGCAGAUAUAUUAUGGAAACACUGAAGGUUAUCGCACUGCCAGUGUGAUCAUAGCUCUGACAGAUGGAGAGCUGCACGGGGAUCUUUUCUACUACGCUGAGAGAGAGGCGAACCGUUCUCGAAGCCUGGGUGCCUCGGUUUACUGCGUGGGGGUGAAGGACUUCAAUGAGACGCAGCUGGCAAAUAUUGCUGACAGCAAGGAUCAUGUCUUCCCCGUAAAUGAUGGAUUUGAAGCCUUGCAAGGGGUGAUCGACUCGAUCCUGAAGAAGUCGUGUAUUGAGAUCCUGGCUGCAGAGCCCUCUAGUAUCUGUGCAGGAGAGUCUUUCCAAGUAGUGGUGAGAGGAAAUGGGUUUCUACACGCCAGCAACGUGGAUAAGGUCCGGUGCAGCUUCCGCAUCAACGACACCCUUACUAAGAUGGUGAAGCCCUUGAUUGUGGAAGAUACAUAUCUUCUCUGCACUGCACCAGUACUUCAAGAUGAGGGAAUGGCAGCAAACCUUUAUGUCAGUAUGAACGAAGGUCUCAGUUUCAUCUCCAGUUCGGUCACCAUUACCACUGUGGGCUGUUCUGAUGGGACCAUCCUGGCCAUAGCGCUGCUCAUCCUGAUGCUGCUCCUGGUCCUGGCUCUCCUCUGGUGGUUCUGGCCUCUCUGCUGCACUGUGAUCAUCCACGAACCCCCGCCUCCUGCGGAGGAGGAGAGUUCGGAUGAUGAAGACUUUGAAGGCCCUAAGAAGAAAUGGCCGACGGUGGAUGCAUCCUACUACGGAGGAAGAGGAGUAGGGGGAAUUAAAAGGAUGGAGGUCCGCUGGGGGGAGAAAGGGUCCACCGAAGAAGGAGCAAAGCUGGAAAAGGCCAAAAAUGCGAAAGUGAAGAUGCCUGAUCAGGAGUAUGUGGACGCACCGACGCGGGUCCUCAACAACGGCAUGCAGAAACCCCCCGGGCCCAGGAAGUGGUACUCACCCAUCCAGAGCAAACUGGAUGCAUUGUGGGUGCUUUUAAGAAAAGGCUACGACCGUGUGUCUGUAAUGAGACCUCAUCCGGGUGACAAGGGCAGAUGCAUGAACUUCACCCGCAUGAAGUCUCCCUCUCCUGCCUACCGAGACUACAACCAGCACCCAUCUCCCAUCUACAACCCUCCCAAAAGCCCCCCUCCCCCGCAGGGCACCCUCCCUCCGAGCCCCAGCAGCCCCCCGUCAUCUCCAUCGUUCUCCAGCCUCCCACUGUUGCCUCCCACCCCUCCUCCCACCUGCUCCCCUCCCAACACGCCUCCCCCCUACACGCCACCUCCUACCCGGGCUCUUCCUCUGACCAACCUGUACAUACCUGACCCUCCAGCUCUUCCUCCCACCCCCCCACCCUCCGCCUCGCCCACUGGUUCCCUGCCUCCUCUUCCUCAGGCACUUCCUCCGGGACGCGCCCCUCCACCUGCCCGUCCUCCACCUCGCCCCGGCCUGUAAAGCUCUGGGAGCAGAGGGUGGAGAAUUUUAAAGUAUUUUAUAAAUGAUAUUGAGUCCCCUCAACAAUCAGCACAUGACCACCCUUGAUUGUACCUGCGAGGACCUGUGAGCGCGGGCUUUUGCCUUCCUGCCUUGUGAAGUUGAAGCAGUGAGGACUUGUUUUCAGCUGUUUGUCUACAGCGUACACACGAAGACUAACAGUGCAAUUUCUGAUGCUUGAAUUACACAGACAUUCCCUAAAAAUGAGGUCAUGCAGGCCGGCUGAAAGACAUUUGGUUCAUGGUCCUCGGAGCUGCUGCAGGCCCUGUUGUCCCCUGCAUGCGCACGCACGAUUGGACGAAUCCUGAACAAGCAGAGGAACAACAGCUUGAACUGAAGCCUCUGUACAAGGAGGAAAUUAUGUUCAAAAUGAUCAUUACACUAAAGUAUGUGUCUAUAACAUUUCCUGAUAAGAGAUAAGAGACUCAAGUUGCAAAUGUUCCAGAUACAACACAUUUAGGAUGACUUAGAAGAUUCUGAAAACACACAUUUUUGUACUCUUGAAUGUUGAGCGAUUGCAUGCAAUAAUGUUUAAGUUGUUCUUUUUAUAACAUGUCUACCUUGUUUUAUACAACAUAAAUGCAUUUUUGUUGUUGUUUUUAAUUGUCGAGUAGACAUAUUUUUGAGGUUAGCAAAAAUGCUGUUCAGCGUAUUGAAACAGCAAUGCAACCUAUUUUUAUGCCAUAGUAAACAUUGUGGGUCACAUCUGGGCCUUUUUUGUGCUCAUCAUCAGAGUAAAGAAUGAUUUAAAUUAACCUUACCAAGAUGAUUGUGAUCGCUGCAUAUGCUCCACCUAUUAUGUGGAUAAAGAGUCAGGGAAAAGCUGUGCAUUAUCUUCCACACAUGGCCUCUAGCAAAAGGUUUUAUCUAAACAAUACUUUUGAUAUAACCAUGUGUUUAGAUAUAGAUGCUUGCGUGUGUGUCAAAUAGAAAGAGUCUACUUUACAUAUUGUGACAGCCAUUUUAAUUCACUUAAACAGAAUCAUCUGUUUUCUUGCACAAGGUGCUUUUAGUUCCUCCAAGCAUGGAACAUGAUGUUAGCAAUGCCGUCUCAUGGGCCAUACAAAGUCAAGUUUAGAUUAAAUAAAAGUUGAUAUAAGAUCAGAGGAGUUUCUGCUAAAUUAAGUGCAGAUUGCAAUGGCCUGCUCCUCAGAGUCUUGAAUGUCACGGCAAAACUCAAAGGAACGUUUUCUAAUUUCCAGCGAUACAGUCGAAUACUUUGUUUGUCUCCUUCAAAAUGAAAGUAAACAAUUUAAAUGUA